GUAUUAAUAAUUAUUUAGGGGGGACGAUAUCAACAUCGUUUAGAAGCACUUUUUUAAGAAAAAAUAUGAAUAGAUAUUUAAAAUAAAAUAGCUUAUAAUGUUUAAACUACAGAUAAUAUUCCUAUUUGUUUUGUUUUCUGUGGGGAACGGUUCAGUUGUUUCUUUUGAAGCAAAUCCUUUUUCCAAACGCUUAUAUGAUGACCUUCUUAGUAACUACAAUCGACUAAUAAGACCGGUUGUCAAUAACACGGAAACACUCACGGUUUGGCUUGGACUGAAGCUAUCCCAACUUAUCGAAGUUAACUUAAAAAAUCAAGUCAUGACGACAAAUUUAUGGGUGAAACAGUUGUUUCUUUUGAAGCAAAUCCUUUUUCCAAACGCUUAUAUGAUGACCUUCUUAGUAACUACAAUCGACUAAUAAGACCGGUUGUCAAUAACACGGAAACACUCACGGUUUGGCUUGGACUGAAGCUAUCCCAACUUAUCGAAGUUAACUUAAAAAAUCAAGUCAUGACGACAAAUUUAUGGGUGAAACAGAAAUGGUUUGACUACAAACUACGAUGGGAUCCUGAAGAAUAUGGGGGCGUUGAAAUGUUGUAUGUCCCCUCUGAGCAUAUUUGGGUUCCUGAUAUAGUUUUGUACAACAAUUGGGAUGGAAACUAUGAGGUGACUUUAAUGACAAAAGCCACACUCAAAUACACUGGUGAAGUUUUUUGGGAGCCACCAGCCAUUUAUAAAUCAUCGUGUGAGAUGAAUGUUGAAUACUUUCCAUAUGAUGAGCAAAUAUGUUUUAUGAAAUUUGGCUCGUGGACAUAUAAUGGUGCACAAGUGGAUUUGAAACAUCUUGAUCAGGUUCCUGGGAGCAACUUAGUACAAAUUGGAAUUGAUUUAAGCGAAUUUUAUUUGUCUGUUGAGUGGGAUAUACUUGAAGUUCCUGCAACAAAAAAUGAAGAGUAUUACCCAGACACUUUGGAACCAUUUUCAGAUAUAACAUUUAAACUUACUAUGCGUCGCAAAACCUUAUUUUAUACCGUUAACUUGAUAAUUCCUUGUGUGGCGUUGACUUUUUUGACAGUUUUAGUUUUCUACCUUCCAAGUGAUUCAGGAGAAAAGGUUACUUUGUGCAUUUCCAUCCUUGUGUCUUUGACCGUGUUUUUCCUGCUCUUGGCGGAAAUUAUUCCUCCCACUUCGCUAGCUGUUCCUUUACUCGGAAAAUAUCUUCUCUUCACUAUGAUGCUAGUUUCUCUGUCUGUUUGGACUACAGUCUGUGUUCUUAAUAUUCAUUUUCGAUCUCCCUCCACUCAUAAUAUGUCACCAGCGGUUAAAAAAUUGUUUCUGAAAAUUAUGCCCAAGCUAAUGAUGAUGCGUCGAACUCAAUAUACUUUGCCAGAUUAUGAUGAUUCAACCCCGAGUAAUGGUUAUACUAAUGAAAUAGAUGUGAGGGACAGCAUUAGCGAUUUUCCAAGCGAAUUUAAAGACAGCCAAGAUGUUAAUUAUGACACAAUGGGCUCAGGACUGCCUCACUCAAUAGAUUCUGAUAACGUUAUUCCAAGAAAUUUAACACCAGAAGUUCUUCAGGCCUUGCGUGCUGUUAGAUUUAUAGCACAACACAUUAAAGAUGCUGAUAAAGAUAACGAAGUUGUUGAAGAUUGGAAGUUUGUGUCGAUGGUUCUAGAUCGGUUUUUCUUGUGGCUUUUCACUUUGUCGUGUAUUUUUGGCACAUUAGCGAUUAUAUGUCAAUCUCCAUCUCUAUAUGAUACUAGAUUGCCAGUUGAUCAAAUGUUGAGUGAAAUACCACUUCGUAAAAAUAACUUUAUGUUACCCCCAGACAUCGUGCGCCAAAUUGUAAACUAAUUGGGAGGCAUAUCGAAUCAUGAAAUAUACUUUCUUAUAGUUCGUAAUUAACUUAAAUACACUAACCUAAUAUUAUCACGAAAUCAUAAAAUUAACCCGAAGGAUGAGUCUAAAUCAAUUUGCCAAAAAAAUAAGAUAAAAACCUAAACCUCACCAUACUAAAAAAAUGUAAAAUAUCCAUUUUAAAAAUUAAAUAUCUUCAAAAUAUUA